AUGUUCACAGCUAAUAUUGAUAUAUUAAAAUUAAAUAAAGCGAUAGAUUAUUCUUUUGAAAGAUUAUAUUUAAUAUUUAGAAUGGCUGAAAUUAAUGAACAAACAGGGACUUCUUUUGAACUACCACCAACACCAGCUGUUGUUGAUAAAACUGAUAAAGCUCAGAAAGAAGCUAAAAUAAUGAAUCAAAAAGUUUCUUCUUUUUUGGAGGGACAAAUUGAAUCAACAAUUCAAGAAUAUAAAGUGUUAGGUGAUAUGAAUGAUGUUGCAGCACAAAGAUAUGAUGAUAUGAAACACGUUGCAAGAAGUGUCAAUGACAAAUAUACAGAACUAAAUCAAAAAUGUGAGCAAUUACAUACUUUUCUUAAUCAAAUUGAUGUAAUUGAUAAGGCUAGUAAAGAUUUAGAAGCUAUAGUUUAUAAUCUUGAUGAGUAUGUCAAGAAGUUAGAGCAACGAUUUGCUUCAAUGACUAAGAAGUGA